AUGGCCACCGUCGACGUAUUUGCCGUUGGCAAUAGCAAAGCCGCGCAGCUUCAACACAUAAAUUCCUAUAACAGAUUCACUAUUGCUACCCUUGGAGUUAAGAGCCGAAAGCUCAAGCGCGUUGUAACAUCCGAGGAUGGUUCAGAAUGUAGAGACCUCCUUAAAAAGGGAAGAGCCUAUCUACAAUGGUUAAAUACUAUUGAGAUGACCCCUGAGAUUAAGGAGAAGACCACAACAUCCAAAAUGCUCCAGCUAAUUAUAAACAACCCCGACCUAUUCUAUCCCGAAGAUAUGAAGAAUAGUGCUGGGGCUUUGUAUGAAAAGUGGGAGUCUGAGAACUGGGGUGCGGACGAGGUGGUCUCGGAAGACGCAGCCGAAGAAGAGGUGAUUCCUAAAGAUGGAGAGGAAGUUCCUAUUGUUCAAAGCCGGCUACCGCCACCAAACCAUCCCAUUUAUGGGGAACAUGGUAUCAUGUACGGGAUCCUGGUCGCUCGUGGCCCUAAAGGUAAAAUAUCCUACCAGCUGAACCCACAUGUGCCUAAGAAAUCAGCCAAGGUGUUUGGGCAUAACAAUAUUCCCGUCGGAAGUUGGUUUGCUAACCAGUUGGUUGCGCUUCAUCGUGGUGCUCACGGCGCUCGAAUGGGAGGAAUUGCCGGUUCUACUGAAGCAGGUACUUAUUCCAUCGUGGUUUCUAACGUAUAUGACGACCUCGACAACGAUCAAGGUGACAUACUCUACUACUCCGGCUCAAACAGUCACAAAAAUGAAGAUCCUUUUCAUUCAGUACCGUCCAGCGCUGGAACAAAGGCCCUGAAGGCUUCGCUACAGAAAAGACACCCCGUGCGCGUCUUACGUUCCGGUGGGCCCCAUGCAUCCAACAGCAAUCGCUGGCUCCCCGAAUGUGGUAUCCGAUACGACGGGCUAUACCAAGUUAUCGGUUGGCGAGAACGUAAGAACAAAAAAGGUGGACUUUAUGAGCAGUUUCGAUUACGUAGAGAGCCCGGUCAGCCACCCCUGGAAGAUCUCUGUCGUACGUCACCGACAGCGCAACAGAAACGCGACUUGAGUAGAUCCAAGCAAGGGUAUUAA